UCACACACUUCCCUCCUCAGCGAUGGGUACACAGACAGCAGAGCUCCUGGACUGUCUCUGAACGUGUAUCAUCAGAUACCUCUCUUUGCUGAUCCCUGGAGGCUCCCAGUGACCUCCUGUUAAUCGAUCUUGGUGGGGCCCAAAACCCUACCUCCUGGAAAACUUAAGGAGGCUGACAUCUGCCUGCGGGGAGCUUUUAGAAAAACCUCACAAAAGCCCACCCAAUCUCUCUUGGCAGCAAACUGCAAAACCAAGCCCAUUUCCUCAAAAGAUGGUGGAGGACUUAGCAGCCUCCUAUAUUGCUCUGAAAUUGGAGAAUGAAAUUCUCCAGGCCCAAGUGCAGAAGCUGAUGGAAGAAAAUGCUGCCCUGCAGGCCCAGAUCCCAGAGCUCCACAAGCCCCAAGCAGCCAAGGAGGAUGAAUCAGUCCAGAAGCCCUCAGAGGCCCAGGAGCCCCCAAAACCCUCAGAGCCCCUGGAAACCCCAGCAGCCUGGGAUCAUACAAAUCCCCCAGAGUUUGAAGAGCCCCAGAAGCCCAGAGAGCCCCAGUCACUUCCAAUUGUCCAUGGACUCUCAGCAGCCUGUGUGUCCCAACAGCCUCCAGAGGCUAAGGGGCUGGAGAAGUUCCCAAUGGCCCUGGAGGUCCACAAGCCCUUUGAAGUCAAGGAGGCCCAAGAGCCCCCUCAUACCAAGGAUGCCCUAAAAGCCCAGGAGGCCCAGAAUUUAGAGCUCCAGGAUCUUCCAAAUGCCCAAGAUCCCCAGGAGACACCAGAAUGCCAGGAGACCUCAACACUCCUGGAGCCCCUGGAGCUUCAGGCUUCCAAGGAGCUUCUUCAGUCUUGCAUGUCUCAGGCCCCCCUGGAUCUUUCAGAUGCCCAGGAGUUCCUAGAGCUCUCAGCACCUCAGGAGUCCCUGGAGGGCGUAAUAGCUGCUGAGACAUCAGCCACUUCAGAGUUUCCACAGUCCCCUAGUGGGUUGGAGGCUGAAGCUUUCCCCUUAGAAUACCCUUUAGCCUUCAAUGGGAAUUCCCAGAAGUUUCCUGAAUUCCUGGUUCAAUGGAAUAGUUACAUGAGAGUCAGAGGGCACCUGUAUCCCACUGAAGCAGCCUUAGUGAGCUUUGUUGGUAACUGCUUCUCAAGUGAGGCUGGAAAGUGGUUCCAGCCCUUAGUAUAUAUCCAAAGACCCCUGCUGGAGCAAUUUGAAAGUUUCAUACAAGUGCUCCAGGAUACUCUUAACAAUCCAGAAAACAUGGAAGAUGCCAACCACCGCAUCCGUCGGCUUUGCCAAGGGGAGGACCCUGUCCACCAGUAUGUGACCCACUUCCAACUCAUUGCUCAAAAGCUAAACUGGGGUGAAAGUACUCUCUGCAUCCAAUUUCAAGAAAGCCUUGCUAGUUCUAUUCGAGAGGAACUGUCUUCCGCAAGCUCAGCCACUAACCUAUCUGAUCUGAUCACCCAGUGCAUCAGCCUUGAAGAGAAGCUAAAUGUUAAGCCUGAUCCAAAUCCACAAGGUACAAUUCCCUCUGAGGAGAGAGCUGGGCCUGAGAGUCAACCAGGUGAAAACCGGCCUGUGCAGGCUGCCAGCAAUCGCCCACGCCUCUGUGAAGCUGAACGGGCUCGACGCCGUGAAGGCCACUUGUGCCUCUACUGUGCUCAUCCUGGUCAUUUUGCCAGAGAUUGUCCUGUCAAGCCUCAUCGUGCCCAGCAGGCGGGAAACAUCCAGGCCCGGCGGUAAGGGGGAACCCGGGCGGGCCAA